GUUGGGAAAGAAACCACUGGCUCCACAAGAAUCUGGAAAUUGAAACCGUUGGAUACAAUGCGCAAAGGGGCAGCUUUGAAAGACAUUCACCCCCUCCUACAAUUUCUUAAGGUACCAUUUUUAAACGUUACGCAUAGCGUGUACACCAAGCAUUUCAUUUCCAGUUCAUUGAAAGUAGACACACAAGCCUACGUGAGAGAUUUUUCCCGGACUCGUUCUCAACUGAGGUGGAUUGAUAGAAAAAUGGUGACACUGGUGGUAGCAACAACAUGCGAUCCAGCUUCCAUAGGACCCGCUUCAGCUCUUCUCCAAAUGUCUUCUGAAUGGCGCCCUGGCCCUCUCUUGCAGGAUAUUCCGUCCUUUAUCAAUGGAAGAGUUCGUCUACUGAAGCAUGAUCAGAGCAUUGUAAAGGAGGAUGACUUGGAUAUGCGUUGGGAGGAGUUCACUGGGGAGACUGUAGAUGAAAUAAUAUUCCUGAGCAAGCAUACAGCUGUUUCAAACCGGCCUGCUCUUACAGUUCAUCCAAUAGGUGUACCACAUUUGCAAUCAUAUGAAGAGUGUGUUGCUGGAGGAAAGCCUGGUUGGGCAGGUUUGCCUUGUCCUCGAAUAGGGGCUUGGUAUAGGCUGUUGCAAGCAGUUGCUGAAAAGCAAGCCCUUACACCAGAGUUUGAGAUCACACUUGAAGCCACUCAUCAUGGACCUGUAGUCAGUAAACCAACAAUGUUCGUAGAGAUUGGUUGUCAAAAAAAUUUCAGCAAUCGACAAGGUUGUGACAAUCUCACAUUUUACCGCUUCAAAGGCAGUACUGAAGAAUACUGGAAGAGGCAAGAUGCUGCACAUACUGUUGCAUUGGUUGUAUGGCAAGGGCUAGGGCUGGAUGGAGGUAGUGGUGUGGGAAAUUGGACUGAAGCCCAAAAAGGGAAGAAAGUACUUGUUGGGAUAGGGGGUGGACAUUACGUUCCUCGGCAUAUGGAUAUUGUGCGGAAAGAAGAUGUUUGGGUAGGCCAUCUAUUAUCAGGAUAUUCCUUACCUAUGGAAGAACCGAGUUUGAAAAAAAAGGAAUAUGAUGUGAAUGAAAUAGGUGGAUCGUGGAAACAAGCAAUUAGUGUGGCAGUUGCAACAACACAAGAAGCGUUUUCAGGAGGAAAGGUCCUUGUACACAUUGAUAAUAAGAGCUUCAAAGGUUGGCAACGGAGUGUUCUCUCACAAUUUUUGUCACAAGAAGGCAUACAAAUUGGCAAGCCUGAUGAUUUUAUCUAAUCCUUGGCACAUUUGCGGUCAAUGCCUAUUCAACCUUAGAUUCAUUUGCUGAAUCUUGAAUGAGGAUAUUUGUCAGCAUGGAACAACUUCUAUUCAGUGUACUAGAUCGGGGUCUUCUUAUAGCAAAUAUCUAUCUACAGCAAUGCAUUCCAUUAAAUUUUUGGAAUGUUUAAGAAUCUAUAUAAUUUAUUAUGGACGUACAUUAUAUUCUAUCCAAAGCUGACAUCUAACUUUAUUCAAGUGCCCCAUGAAAUUCUAUUCAUUGUAAUUUGUGCCCGUUACUUGCAAAUUCAUACCUCUUGAAAAUAGGCGUAUGUCAUUUUUCAUGGAUGUUCUAUGGCCUGAAACUAUAUCACAACAUUUUUAUAAUAAUUAUGUUCUACAAAUGUCUGAAUUCUUGAAAAUCCAAUCCAAAGUUUCAUGACACGAGUGCUGGAUGUCUUGAAGCCCCUUCCAUGGUAAUGUAAUAAUAUUCACAAUAUUUUUACAAUGGCUUUGAUGAUGAAGAAUGAAUGGCAAAUUUUGGCA